AUGAUUGAAGUAUCUCAUAAGUCCUUAUAAUUUCAAGAAGGUCAAUUAAACCAAUUAAAGUUUAAGAUAACAAAUGUUAGUGAUGUUCCAAUUACUUUUAGAAUUAGAUGCAAUAACAAUACUAAUUAUAAAUUAGACCAUUAUAUGGGACUUAUUCACAGCCAUUAAGAUUUCGAAAACAACAUUCAAAAUUUUGAAGCAGCAGAUUUGAAAUUGCCAGGUGAUUAAUUGGAAAUUUAAUAUGCAGAGUUUUUGGAUCCAUUAUAAGAUUUGAAAGACUUUUGGAAAUCCACAUAAAGCUAAGAUCAUGUUAUGAUACCCAUAGAAGUCCUUGAUAUCUAAUAAUAGCAGAAGGAGGCUAUUUUGGCAGAAUUAAAGGUUAAAUAAUAAACAUUACAACAAGAAUUAUAAUCUAUUAAAUAAGAAUAUGUUUAAUCAUAGAAACCUGCUGUUGAGAUCAAUCACUUUAAUAAAUUAUAUAAUGGAUUUACUAUUGGCAAAUUGAUUAUUGUUAUUGCGAUAUCAUUGCUUCUUGGUAGUAUUUGUAGAUGA